AUGAAAGACGCCGCUGAGGCUCAGCAGGUGCUGGCGCGCCAACGCCAGCUGGGCCGCACCAACUGGCGCCGCGCACUGGCGGUGCGCUGGGGGUGGGUUUUCGCCCGUGCCCGGGCGCAGCAACUGCAGCUGAGCGAUCUGCACUACGCCGCGGCGAUGCGGGCCUGCCAGCGGGGCGGGGAGCCCACGGCGGCCAUGCGGCUCUUCGCAGAGAUCGAGGAGCCCAGCACCCGGACGCUGACCGCGGCCAUCGCCAGCUGCGGCCCACGGGACUGGGAGUUGGCCGUGGCUCUGCUGGGCGCCAUGGAAUUUCCGGACCUGGCGGCCUACAGCGCUUGUCUCAAGGUACUGAAAGCCAAGCCCUCGCGAGCCCUGCGACUGCUGGACACGCUGAGGCGUCAACAGCUCUCCCCGGACCUCGUUUGCUACAGCGCGGUGAUCAGCGCCUGCGGCCAGGGGAGGUUUUGGCUCAAGGCGCUGGCCUGCUUGCGGCACUUGGACCAGGACGCAGUGGCGCCCAAUGUGGUGGCCUACAGCGCCGCCAUCUCCGCCUGUGAGAAGGCGCUUCAGUGGGAGCAAGGCCUUUUCCUCCUGAGAGAAAUGGCGGAGAGAGGCAUCAAGCCCAACGUCGUAUCUCACUCGGCGGUGCUCACUGCUUGCGACAAGGCUCGCCAGUGGCAGUGGACGCUUCACCACUGGAAGGAAAUGCGGGCAGCAGGGGUGGCGCCCAACCGGGUGAGCUACACGGCAGCCAUUGGCUCCACCGCCUGGGAUGCCAUGCUGGAGAUGCUGGAGGCCAGCGGUAUUCGCCGAGUUUGA